UCCAUCAUAAGUGUGGAGGCUUUUAGAAUUUCCGGGCUGAUUUGAAUGUCAGUAACGUGUUAACGUAUUUAAUCAUUCCUCACGUGGAGGACGUCUGUGAGACAUCCUGAAGUUCUUGUAACUGACGAUUGGACGCCGGGAACAGAAGCUACAGAAUGAGAAAAAGUUAUUUCCCGAUAUGUAAAAUUCGACAUCGCUGAUUUGGGGGUCUGUUCUUCUGAAGAAAUGAGGUCUGCGCCCGCAGGAUGGACCGCGUCUCCUUCUCGCGUUUGGGGUUCUGCCAGCGUCUCUGUGAGUCCAAACAUGUGACCGAGCCGCCCUUUGGCGUCUUCAAUCGGAGCGACUGAGUCCGGUCAUGUCGCCUCUUUGGGGUUAAAGAAGCAACUCGACGAACGAGCAGCGGCUGACAUCUCGCCCUCCGUGGCUCCACCCUCUUCUCGGGGAGAUGGCGGCGGCCAUCGCCAGCUCCCUGAUCCGACAGCGGCGUCAGGCCCGCGAGUCCAACGGCGACAAGGUCGCCACUAGCAAGAGGCGCACGAGUCCCAGCAAGGAGCCCAAGUCUCCGUGCGACAAAAACAUCUUCAGCGUCUUCAGCAAGAUUCGCUUCUGCAGCGGGAAGAAGAGGCCCGUACGGCGGAAACCAGAGCCCCAGCUGAAGGGCAUCGUGACGCGUCUCUUCAGCGAGCAGGGCUUCUUCCUGCAGAUGCAGCCCGACGGAACCAUCAACGGAAACAAGGACGAGAACAGCGACAACACUCUCUUCAACCUGAUCCCAGUGGGUUUGAGGGUGGUGGCCAUGCAGGGCGUGAAGGCUGGACUCUAUGUGGCCAUGAACGCAGAAGGAUUCCUCUACACAUCAGAUGUGUUCACAGCAGAGUGUAAGUUCAAGGAGUCGGUGUUUGAGAACUACUACGUCAUCUACUCCUCCACGCAGUACCGGCAGCACGAGUCGGGCCGGGCCUGGUUCCUGGGCCUCAACAAGGACGGGGCCCUCAUGAAGGGGAACCGGGUGAAGAAGACCAAGCCCUGCUCGCACUUUGUCCCCAGACCCAUCGAAGUCUGCAUGUACAAGGAGCCGUCGCUGCACGAGCUGGAGGAGAAGCUGCUGAAGUCGUCGCGGAGCCCGACGAUCAACAGCGAGGGACGGAGGGCGAUCAAGGAGCAGGAGGAGCAGCAGGAGGAGUGCACGGAUCGGGAGGGCUCAUAGCCUGCAGCGCCCCCUGCAGAAGGGGGAGGCAAACUCCUGUCUGAACACUCCCUCUGCUCAGUAACCACGGCAACGACGACCAAAACCAAGAAGAAAAAAAGCUAAAAACAAAAAUCAUAAAAAAUGGGGAAAUCUUCAUCUUCUGCUCAUAUUGAAAUAUGUAAGUGUUCCAGGGGGAGGGGUUUGGGGUUGGAAAGGGGAGGGGCUUGUCUGACGGUAAGGUGAAGAAAAGUAAAAGAAUCAGGUCGUUGAUGAUGAUGAUGAUUUACAUUUUAUGCAAAACGCCCUGUUGAAACGGCGCCCGGAGGCGAGCACACCGACUCUUCAUUGUUGUGAUCGCCAUCAUCAUCACCAACGCCGUCGCCACGGCGACCGGUUUUCCAUAGCUGAGUGAGCGCUGAGGACUCUGAACCUUUACGCCAUGUAGAGACUCCCCUUCCUUUGGUUUCCCAAUGAAUGCAAACACUUUGGCACUUUCAACACGCGCUUCUUCUUCCUCGUCUUCGUUCCUCUGUGGUUUCUGUUUGCCGUUCAUCAGCUGCACAUCUCGGUUUGAAUUAUUUUGGGGGUAAAGGUUUUAAAUGCUCCGAGGGGGGCGGAUGGGGAGGUUUGACUUCCACCGUCCAUCCCUCAACUCUAAAGUCAUCCUUCAGGUUUCACCUUGAGCUCCAUCCUUCCAGGAGUCACUUCCUGUUGCAAAGAGAUGAGCCAUCGAAUAAACAAAGCAUAGAUAUUGAUAUAUUAUAUACAUUACUGUGUAACAUUAAUACUACUGAGACAAACGGGCAGUGUAAGCAGCUGCAGUAUAACAAGGGGAAAGAGAACAAUCACGAGGGGCAAAUAACCUCUGAGUGAUUUAAACCUUCAGAGGCUGAAAGGUGUUUUCUGAGGGUCUUCUGUCUUUAGAGUCUCUGGUGUCUCCAGGACUCUGACUGAUGGUGUUCAGAUUGUCUUGACCUAAAAUCCGAUGAUGACGAUAAAAGAAAAUGAAGAACUGAAAAAGAAAAAACGCCAUUCUUUGUGUCUCCGUGUUCCGUUCAGGGACUGAGCAGAAAUAGCAUGUGAUGGUUUUUAAAGAGCAGGCGUUCGUUUGGGAGGUCUGAAUGAUUUAUGGAGACACUAACAGCUGAGUUGUGUAACUGUGAUCCAGUCUGAACAGGACUGGAGUGUCUCUGCUGCCUAACCGACUUCUUUAUGAUGUGUGAUACAAUAAGACGUGAGGUACAAUAAGACGUGAGGUACAAUAAGACGUGAGGUACAACGUGAGAUGAGGUACAAUAAGACGUGAGGUACAACGUGAGAUGAGGUACAAUAAGACGUGAGGUACAACGUGAGAUGAGGUACAAUAAGACGUGAGGUACAAUAAGACGUGAGGUACAACAUGAGGAUGAGGUACAAUAAGACGUGAGGUACAACGUGAGAUGAGGUACAAUAAGACGUGAGGUACAACGUGAGAUGAGGUACAAUAAGACGUGAGGUACAACGUGAGAUGAGGUACAAUAAGACGUGAGGUACAACGUGAGAUGAGGUACAAUAAGACGUGAGGUACAAUAAGACGUGAGGUACAAUAAGACGUGAGGUACAACGAAACGUGUACAAGACGAGAUAUACAUUUAGAUAUAGUCCGAUACGUCGCGAUACGAUAGGACACGUUUCGGUGAGCUACACGUGAUAAAAUGUGUGCGUUGUCUCUUUAAGGACUUGUUGUCGUCGCUUUGAACCGGCGUGCGGUCGAGCGUCGGCCGAUGUGGCGUCAUGUGACCAUUUAUCACUGCCGUGUUUCCUUUAGACAAAAAUCACUGCCCUCCAAACCUGUGAGCCACGCCGCCCUGCACACUCGUCUCCUGCUCCCUUUGCUUCCUUUGCUUCCUUUCCUUCUUCGGUCCCCCACCGAGUUUCCCACAAAAAGCCUCUUGACUUUUGUCUCAGUUUACAAAGAUCAACCGGUCGACUUUGCGUUGUCCUGAGAUACGCCGUCUACUCUCACUGCCUUUGUGAUAAUAGCGAUAAUGAUGAUAAGGUGUCAGCAGCAGAGGAGCUGGAAGGAUGGAGCAUCAACACGUUUUUUAUUGUGUUGCGCAGGUUUUCAAUUUAUUUUCCUUUUUUUAAAAUAUGUUUAUGGAAGUUCAAAAUAUAUUGGAAAGGAACAUAUUCAAAUUCAACCUUUUAUUAGUUUAUUAUUAAGACAUAUUUCAAAUUUUCCUGAACAAACUUUAGUUUUUGGUGUUUUUAAAGAAGAAGGAGGAAAAUGUUUCUCCACAUUUCAAACAAGAAAUAAAAGAUGUGGGAUGAAGGAUGAACUGUAAAUAAUGACUCCGAGAGGCCGAGCUAAUUGAAAAUAAAAAUAUAAAACUCAUUGCAGAACAACAAACAACAAGGAUGACGACCUUUUGCAUGUGGACACGUUAUAUAUAAACACGCUGCUGUUAGCCGCCGCCGCCAUCUUGCAACACGUUAAAAGUGAUGAGUCACACCGUUCUGCCUCCGAGGAAGUCUUCCAGUUUGAACCGACAGAAACGCUCGUUGUGUUUCUUCGGAACGUUAAAUGUUUCUGAAUGUUGUUUUUUCAUGUUUGUGGAACCAAAACACUCGACGCGAAUGUUUAUUCAGAAAAAGCAUCGCAGCCUUCAGGUCACGUCGGAAAUUGUGUGUAAAUGUCCGACAUUCAAAAGAUGCAAAGAACGGAGACCUAUUAACACAUUUGGGACUUUAUAGCUGGAACAAAUAUGAAAAGAAUGGAUGGUAAAAGAAAUACGAUUAAAACAAAAUAAUUUUUAUCAAGUUUGACAAUAAUGUUGUUAUUUUAAAACCUGUAUCACCAAAAAAGAAACUGCGUUAAUAAUCAAAUAAUUUUUAAGCAUACAGAAAGUAAAAUAAUUGUAUUAUUAUUGAUUUGUUGUUACUUUAACGCGUCCAUAAAGGUUUCUGCUUUGAAUCUGUCGUCGUGUAAUUUCUGAUUGUCACCGCGGAGACGUUCACCUUUAAAUAUUGAUUAACUGAUCAUGAGUUCAGGGCUCCGGACGUCGCCUGAAGGCAGCGCGAGGAAGCCGGCCGGUCGGCUCGCAGGUCUUUGACAUCAUAACUUCAUAACUUAAAUAAAGUGGUAAUAACCGCACAAAGGCGCGUAAUGAUGAUGUCACUAUCGAGCGCCGGAGGCCCUCUGGUUGGCGGCCAUGUUGGAACGUCGUUCUUUUGUUGAUGUUUGCACUUUUUCUGAGACACAUUCAUAUAAUGCAUCGUCAUGUAGAAAACAGUCAUCGCUAUUACGAAGCAGGAUGAAAAGUAUCAUUGGAAAAUAAAAAAGAACAAUAUAAAAGA